AUAGUCCAAGAAAAUUAAGAUAAGUAAACACACUAGAGAGAGAUAUGGCUGCCAAUAAUGAAAAGAAAGAGCAAAACAUUCAUCUCCCUCACGAAACUAUCCUUAAGAGUGAUGCACUACAUCAGUAUAUACUUGAAACAAGCGUGUUUCCAAGAGAACACCCAUGCUUGAAGGAGCUUAGGGAGAUGACACUAACACACCCUAAGUAUAUGAUGGCUACACCCGGUGAUGAAGGCCAGCUUAUCAACAUGCUAAUUAAGCUCAUCAAUGCAAAGAACACAAUGGAAAUUGGUGUCUACACAGGUUACUCUUUGCUCUCCACUGCUCUUGCUCUUCCCUCUGAUGGAAAGGUAUUGGCUUUGGACGUGAGUCGUGAAUACUAUGAACUAGGAUUGCCAAUAAUUGAAAAAGCUAGAGUGGCUCACAAAAUUGAUUUUAGACAAGGACCUGCUCUCCCUCUACUUGAUGAACUUCUUCAAGAUGAAUAUAACAAGGAGACAUUUGAUUUCGUUUAUGUGGAUGCUGAUAAGGAUAACUACAUUAACUAUCACAAGAGGGUGGUUGAGCUUGUUAAAGUUGGAGGAUUGGUUGCAUAUGACAACACCUUAUGGAGUGGUUCUGUUGCGGUUCCAUCAGAUGCACCGAUGACAAGUUACGUUAGGAAUUUUCGUGGUCAUGUGAUUGAGUUUAACAAACAUUUAGCCCAGGAUUUAAGGAUUCAGAUCUGUCAACUCUCAGUAGGCGAUGGAAUUACUCUAUGCCGCCGCAUCAUCUAAUUCUCAUUCGUGAUUAAUUUGUGUGCUUGUUCUGUGUCUUUUACUUGAAGGGAAAUGUAUUUUACUUAGCUUUUUAAGGUUUGGUUCGGCCCCCAAACUUUUUUCUUUUGAUAUUUUUUUAUUAAUAAUAUAUAGGACGAUGUGUAUUUGACACAUAAUAUUUUGGGGUGCCAGUAUAGCUGGGAUUUCAAAAGAAUGUAAUAUGCAUGGUAUUGUAGUUGACUUAGCGUGGCAACAUAGUUGAGAUGUCUUCCACCAUUAAUUAUAUUAAUGUAUGUGUCAUUCAUCAAUUAUAAAAAAUAAUUAUGAGGAUCUUUUCUCAAA